AUGUCUGCCGAACAGGAGGCCGGUGCUGCCCCUACGGAGCACCUCAAUAUCAAGGUCACCGACAACAAUAACGAGGUCUUCUUCAAGAUCAAGCGUUCUACCCAACUUAAGAAACUCAUGGAUGCCUUCUGUGAGCGGCAGGGAAAGCAGCCCACUACCGUCCGUUUUCUUUUUGACGGCACCCGUGUGCGCCCCGAAGAUACCCCUGAUACCCUCGAUAUGGCCGACGGGGACACACUUGAAGUCCACCAGGAACAAAUUGGUGGCUAG